AUGGGGGAGUGGACCAUAUUAGAGCGUCUCUUGGAGGCGGCUGUCCAGCAGCACUCCACUAUGAUCGGAAGGAUCUUACUGACUGUGGUGGUGAUUUUCCGGAUUCUGAUCGUGGCGAUUGUUGGAGAGACUGUGUACAACGAUGAGCAGUCCAUGUUCGUGUGUAACACCUUACAGCCGGGCUGCAACCAGGCCUGCUACGAUAAGGCUUUCCCCAUCUCACACAUCAGGUAUUGGGUGUUCCAGAUCAUCAUGGUGUGUUGCCCCAGCCUCUGCUUUAUCACCUACUCUGUGCACCAGUCUGCCAAGCAGAAGGAGCGGCGCUACUCCACAGUGUACCUCUCUCUGGACAAAGACCCAGAUUCCUUGAAGAGAGAUGACGCCAAAAAGAUCAAGAACACCAUUGUGAAUGGAGUGCUGCAGAACACGGAAAACUCCAACAAGGAGGCAGAGCCAGACUGCUUGGAGUUCAAGGACAUCCCCAACUCAGCCCUGCGAACUACAAAGUCAAAAAUGAGAAGGCAAGAGGGCAUCUCCAGGUUCUAUAUCAUCCAGGUGGUCUUCAGAAAUGCAUUAGAGAUAGGGUUUCUGGUGGGUCAAUACUUCCUGUAUGGAUUCAACAUCCCUGCAGUGUAUGAGUGUGAUCGAUACCCUUGCAUAAAAGAUGUAGAGUGCUAUGUUUCCAGGCCAACAGAGAAGACAGUUUUUUUGGUCUUCAUGUCUGCGGUCAGUGGCAUCUGCGUGGUGCUGAACUUGGCAGAGCUCAACCACCUUGGGUGGAGGAAGAUCAAAACUGCUGUGAGAGGUGUGCAGGCCAGGAGAAAGUCCAUUUAUGAGAUCCGGAACAAAGACUUGCCCAGGAUGAGUAUGCCCAACUUUGGGCGCACUCAGUCCAGUGAUUCUGCAUAUGUGUAA